UGUAAGAUUGUAAGAAAGUUAUACAUUUAGUACCAGUCUACUUGAGUUUAGCAGACUUCCUCGGUAGGCGUCUUGUUCAAAACCGUUUUCGAAUUAAUUUGAGAUAUUCAACAAACUAACCUCUGGGUGUUGCAGUAGCUCUGAACUCAUGUUAAGAAUGGACGUCUGUGAUAAUGCAGCUCUACAGCAGGUGAAUCAGUUUUGGUCGAUGUUAGACGAUAUGUCUCAGAAUAGUCCGGAGGAAUACAGGACCUUCAUUGAGCGCCAGUUGCGAGAGGGAUCGGAGCUGUAUUCACCGCCGCAGCCGCACGCCUGCAUCCGCACAAAUACACUGGGACCAAAGGAAGGAAUAUUGUAUAUAAACGUCUGCGGUUGGAAAAGAGUGCCUGCCAUGACUUCUCACAGUGAUCCUGUCCCUGUUUGUGGAGGAAGAUUGGAGUCGGUUACUGAUGAGAAAGAGCGGUACACUGUAGUGGACGUGGCUUUCAACCCAGAGAUUCUGCAGACAACAGAAAAAGACAAACAGGAGAGAGAGAAGAUCCAUCAACUUGCACUGAAAUUCAUACAACAACAGCACAGCCUGAAUCUGUCACAGCAUUAUAAACUGAAUCAAGACAUAAUCAAGGGCAGCAUCAAGGAUUUAAAGAACCGUUUGAUGUCACCACGGAAGUCCAAAUCUGCUGCUAAUAAGCCACAAUCUGAACCAGCCCCAUCACUCCUUCAGCAGAUCUCCUCACUACGACUGGCUGAGAGCAAAGAGGACUCUUCAAUCCAACUGAGCAUGGAGCAAGAGAACAAACCAGCAAGAUCCGGUCUGAUUGAGGUGAUCUCCAGCAAAGAGUCAGACCAAUCUCAGCCACAACAGCCCCAGCAUCAGCUCACAAUCUGCCCUGACAGCACAGGCUCAGCAAAGUCUUUGGAGCUGAAUGUGGAGCUUCCUGGUGUGCAGUCUGUCUCACAGUGCCAGCUCAGCAUCUCUCAGGAUGACAUUCUCUUGGAAGUGGAGGCCAUUUAUUAUCUUCACCUUUGGUUUCCUAUGGCAGUCAAGGAAGAGACAUGCACUGCAACGUUCCAUAAGAAGAAACGGACUCUAACUGUUACAGUAACUGUGUUGUAAGAACAUGUCACUAAUUCAACCAGAAACAAGAGGUAGGGAUAUAUACCAUCUGCCAGAAUAUGUCUUUAGCUCCAUCUUAUAUGCUCCAUCUUAUUAUGCAAGGCUCCAUCAUGCCUGGCAUUUUAGGCCCAUCCUAACAUGUGUACAGUAUUUGCAUUAACAGACACAGGCACACCAAUUUUUAAAGAGAUUUAGACUAAGGUAUAUUAAAAACAAGACUCAUCUGUACACCAAUACAUGUUUAUUGAAAGGUGGACAAGUGUGAGCUGUAUUUACAUUUAUAACACAGAUACCACUUCGAACACACAUGCAGACUUGAAUAAGAAAGUACAAACAUUUUCAAAAAAGAAUACUUUUAUGCUCAGAAUUGACAUAUUUUUACAAAUAAAGUGGUCUCUACUUUUACCACAUCUUAUUUUCCUGUAUCACAAUGGCAUUUUCAAAACAUAUAUAACAACCUGAAUACACUCAAAAACAUUUGUAUCAGAAUUUAAAAAAAUAAUAAUAUUAAAAUGUUCUUUUAUUCUUCAAAAUGCAUACUCGUACCCUCUUUGACAAACACUUGCCUGCUGUAAAGUCUGAGGGAAUUGGUAUGGUGAGAUUCACAGUUAAGAAAGAAUCAGGAUAUUCUUCAUGAUAUUGCAGGGAUGAGGUACAUGUGGGGCAAAACAUACUUUUUAGAUGAAUCAAAAUUCUUACUGCAAUCUGGCUGUGACUAUUUAGUCCUACAUGCCCUCUCCAUGAUCCUCUUCCACCCAUGCGACAAUCUUUCCCUCCCAACCCGGUAUAAGAGCAUCAUCCUGAAACACCUGAAAGAUGCCACACAUUCAGAGGAAGACACUGAGCAAUCACUGGUAAAAAGACCUUAUUUACGCUAGCGCCAUUUUUGAUUUUUAAUGGGAAUGACAAUGAGACUGUGAUUGAUAGAUUUACCAUGUCUUCAAUGACACAAAUUGUAUAAAGCUGUAUAAAGCUCCUAGAUCACAUCUGAUUUUCUUGUUGUCUGGAGUUCUUUGUAUAAUGAAUGUUCAUGGACAUAUAUUUUAUCCCUUUGCAGUUAAAUAAUCGAACAAUGUCAUACCACGAUUUUAUUUUAAUUAAUUGUGCAGCCCUAAUACAUAAAUGUGUGUGUGGGUGGGUUUGGGUGGUUUACGAGGACAUUUUUUAGGUUACAAACUGGUAAUUACAAGGGUAUUAUGCUAUAAAUGUGGUUUAUGAGAACAUUUCUCAUGUCCCCAUAAUUCAAAUAGCUGAAAAUCAAACUAAACUAUGUUGUUGUUGUUGUUUUUUUAUAUAAAAAUUCAGAACGUUUUUUUGUAAGGGUUAGGUUUAGGGGUACGGGUAAGGGUAGGGGAUAUAAUCUAUAGUUUGUACAGUAUAAAAAUCAUUAUGUCUUUGGAGAGUCCUCAUAAGGAUAGCCGCACCAAUGUGUGUGUGUUAUAUGAAUAUAUACUGUAUUAAAACAUUAAAAUGUGAAUACGCAUGCACAUUAAAACAUCCACUAAGUCACUAAAAUCCAAUACGCUUGGGAUUAGAUCCACUACAUCAUCACGCUACAGUCUCUGCAGCGAUGAGUGCUUGGAGAGAAGAGACUGUAUGCCUCACAGCCUCAUUGUAAUUCCCAUUAAAAAUCUUAUACAGACAAAUAUGUAAGGGAUAAUGUGCUGUCUAUCUCAAAAUAAACCCCCACAGGGGGAUUAGGAGGAUUGUAUCAGCCUGAAGGGGUUUCUUUUGCGAUAUCAACAGGCUGACUGUACAUUAUCCCACUUAUUACAUGGCUACUAAUCAAAAAAAAUAAAUACAUGUACAUAAAAUACUGAUUUGUGUUGAAAUUAUGUGAUUAUAUGGAAAUAAAUAAAUCGCUGAGCAGUUUGUGUU